AUGUCCAAGUUAAUCACCGUCUUCGGGGCUACCGGUACCCAAGGUGGCUCUGUAGUCCGCACCAUCAUUGCCGACCCGGAGCUAUCCAAAGAGUUUCGAGUUAGAGCUGUGACACGCGAUCUGAGCAAAAAAAACGCAAAAGCUCUGGCAGAACAAGGAAUCGAAGUGAUCCAGGGAGAUAUGUCGUCACCUACCGACGUCGCAAAAGCAAUUGACGGAGCUCACACCGUAUACCUAGUAACAAACUUCUGGGAAAACAUGUCCGCCAAGCCCGAAAUCCUUCAAGGAAAGGUAGUCACAGAUGCCUGCAAAGCGGCUGGCGUGAAGCAUCUAAUCUUCUCGUCAUUGAUCAAUGCGUCCAAGGCAACUGGCGGACGACUGGUCAAUAUUACCCAUUUCGAUGGGAAGGCUGAGGUGGAAGAGUAUAUUCGUGAGAGCGGUAUACCAGCUAGCUUUGUUAUGCCGGGGAUAUUCAUGAGUGAGAUAUUCUCAUUUAUUCGGAAGCAGGAGGAUGGCUCGUUUAUUUUGGCUAUACCUGUUCCACCCGGGACUGUUGCGCCGUGGAUUGAUGCUGGUAUUGAUACAGGAAACUUUGUCCGGGCUGCUCUUCAACACCCUCCCAUGGAUAACGCCCAUGUCAUCUAUGCUGCAAGUGACUAUUAUAGCUUUGAGCAAAUUGCGGCAGACUUUACAUCUGCUACCGGUAUACCCCUCAACGUGGUCAUUAUUCCCAGUGAAAUGUUCAAGGCUGGCCUUGCGGUAUCGUUGCCUCCGGACAUGGUUGAAGAGAUCUAUGAGAAUCUAGUCUUGCUCGAGGGUCCCGGCUAUUAUGCCGGGGCUGAUUUGACUAGAAGUCUCGAGUUGUUAUCUGAGAAGCCUGUAAGUUUGAAGGACUUCUUUGAGAAGAACCGGGAGCACUGGGAGUAA